GGAAUUUUUUUUUUUUUUUUUGAGUGCAAAGUGGAACACCAAAGCAUAAAGAAACAGAAAGUCAGUGAGAAGAUUCGAAUUGGAAAAAUCAUUCUUGCAUGGCCGAUCGCUAUUGUAUCAACGUGCAGUGCUGGGGUGAUUUUGAGAAGCAGGCGAAGAAAAAUCGCCAGGAAGGUAAAGGACGAAGGGAAAAAUUGUGCAGAAAGUUCCGCAAUCGUGGAGCGGUGGGACGGGUUAUCAGUGCAGUAGCAGCCGGGUGAAAACAAUCGACAGAUAUAAUACGGCCCUCGUAAAGUCCGAUGUCUAGUGCUGAGGUGGUGGAGAGCUCCGUUGAUCCCCCAGCCAAGAAACGACGCGUUGCUGCCACCACGGCAGAAGGAGCCGGCGACCUCGCGUCAAUCGUAGACAUGGCGAAAAAUGGUUCAACUUCUCGGCCACAGGCCGAAAUUGACGAAGGAUUAUAUUCAAGGCAGCUUUAUGUCCUCGGUCACGACGCCAUGCGUCGCAUGGCAUCGUCCGAUGUCCUUAUCUCUGGCCUCGGUGGUCUUGGUGUUGAAAUUGCCAAGAACGUCAUCCUUGGAGGUGUCAAAUCCGUCACACUUCAUGACAAUGCCGUCUGUCAAAUUGCUGACCUUGGAUCACAAUUUUAUUUGACCGAAGAGGAUAUUGGUAAAAAUCGCGCUGAAGCUUGUUGCGGACGACUCGCGGAAUUAAAUAACUAUGUUCCAACACGACAUUACGAUGGAUUAUUGUCCGAGAGUUUUAUCAAGAAAUUCAAGGUCAUUGUUCUUACUGAUACAUCAUUAAAGGAACAAUUGCGUAUCGCUGAAUUAACACACGCCAAUGGAAUUGCACUUAUUAUUGGCGAAAGUCGUGGACUUUAUUCACAAGUGUUUUGUGAUUUUGGCGAAACAUUUACUGUUGUUGAUACAAAUGGAGAACAACCGGUGAGCGCAAUGAUUGCCAGUAUUUCACGUGACAUUGAAGGAGUUGUUACAUGUUUAGAUGAUACUCGUCAUGGUAUGGAGGAUGGUGAUUAUGUGACAUUCUCAGAAAUUCAAGGAAUGAUUGAAUUAAAUGGUUGUGAACCAAAAAAAAUUAAAGUCCUUGGACCCUAUACAUUUAGUAUUGGCGAUACAAGUAAAUUCACUGAAUAUCAUCAAGGUGGAAUUGUGACACAAGUGAAAAUGCCAAAAAUAUUAAAUUUUUUGCCAUUAAAUGAAGCAUUAAAAAAGCCAGAAUUUAUAAUUACUGAUUUUGCAAAAUUCGAUCAUCCAGAACAGGCGCAUUUGGCUUUUCAGGCAUUACAUCGUUUUAUUGAGGAUAAGGGACAAGCGCCACGACCUUGGAACGAGGCCGAUGCACAGGAAUUUAUUAAUUAUGUGAAAAUUAUUAAAGAAGAAAUUGGCAGUGAUACGGAAUUGAAUCAUGAAUUUCUUGCGACAUUUGCAAAAAUUUGCGCUGGUAAUUUAAAUCCAAUAAAUGCAACAAUUGGCGGUAUUGUCGCUCAAGAAGUGAUGAAAGCUUGCUCAGGUAAAUUUCAUCCAAUUUAUCAAUGGUUAUAUUUUGAUGCUCUCGAAUGUCUACCGGAAGAUCGUAAUGAAUUAAAUGAGGAAGAUUGUACACCAAUUGGAAAUCGUUAUGAUGCGCAAACAGCAGUAUUUGGUCGUAAAUUCCAAGAGAAAAUUGGUAAUUUAAAAUAUUUUGUCGUUGGCGCUGGUGCAAUUGGUUGUGAAUUAUUGAAAAAUUUUGCAAUGAUGGGCUUGGCAACAAAUGGUGGAUGUAUCACUGUCACCGAUAUGGAUUUCAUUGAGAAAUCAAAUUUAAAUCGACAAUUUUUAUUUAGACCACACGAUGUACAAAAGGCAAAAUCAUCAACCGCUGCACGUGUUAUUAAAACAAUGAAUCCAAAUGUGAAUAUUGUCGCUCACGAGAAUCGUGUUUGCAUUGAGACGGAGAAAAUUUAUAAUGAUGAAUUUUUUGCAUCAUUGGAUGGCGUUGCCAAUGCAUUGGACAAUGUUGACGCACGAAUUUACAUGGAUCGUCGUUGUGUUUAUUAUCGAAAGCCAUUAUUGGAAUCGGGCACAUUGGGAACAAAGGGCAAUACACAAGUUGUUGUUCCAUUUCUCACUGAGUCAUAUAGUUCAUCACAGGAUCCACCUGAGAAGAGUAUUCCAAUUUGUACACUGAAAAAUUUUCCCAACGCUAUUGAACAUACUUUACAAUGGGCAAGGGACAAUUUUGAGGGAUUAUUUCGUCAGGCGGCGGAAAAUGCAUCGCAAUAUGUUUCUGAUCAACAAUUCAUUGAAAGAACAUUAAAAUUGCCUGGUGUUCAACCAUUGGAGGUACUUGAAUCGGUGAAAAUUGCAUUGAUCGAUGAGAGGCCUAAGAAUUUUCAAGAUUGUGUCACUUGGGCACGUUGCCAUUGGCAGGAGCAAUAUAAUAAUCAAAUAAGACAACUACUUUUUAAUUUUCCACCUGAUCAAGUCACAUCAAGUGGACAACCAUUUUGGUCAGGACCAAAACGUUGUCCUGAACCACUUAUUUUUGAUGUCAAUAAUCCAUUGCAUUUAGAUUAUAUUAUUGCCGGGGCAAAUUUAAAAGCCGCUGUUUAUGGAUUGCAACAUAAUAGAAAUCGUGAGGAAAUCGCCCAAAUGAUUGGAAAUGUUUGUGUUCCUGAAUUUACGCCAAAAUCGGGUGUUAAAAUCGCUGAAACUGAUUCACAGGUUCAAGUAUCCAAUGGAAGUGGAAAUAUUGAUCACGAGAGAUUAACUCAAUUGCAAGACGAAUUGCCGAAAGCAAAUGAAUUAAAUGGCUUGGUGAUUAUUCCUCAGGAAUUUGAAAAAGAUGACGACACAAAUUUCCAUAUUGAUUUUAUUGUUGCUGCAUCAAAUUUACGUGCGACUAAUUAUAAAAUAACACCGGCUGAUCGACAUAAGAGUAAAUUAAUUGCUGGUAAAAUAAUUCCCGCUAUUGCAACAACAACAUCAGUUGUUGCUGGUUUAGUUUGUUUGGAAUUAAUUAAAUUGACGCGCGGCGUUAAGGAUAUAUCAAUUUAUAAAAAUGGUUUUGUGAAUCUUGCUCUACCAUUUUUUGGCUUCUCCGAGCCAAUUAAUGCGCCUAAACUGAAAUAUUAUGAGACAGAAUGGACACUUUGGGAUAGAUUCGAAGUGACUGGGGAAUUAAGUCUCAAGGAAUUUCUUGAUUAUUUUAAAAAUAAUCAUAAUUUAGAGGUGACAAUGCUCUCGCAGGGUGUCUGUAUGUUGUAUUCAUUUUUCAUGCCAAAAGCAAAAUGCGUCGAGCGCAUGUGCUUGCCAAUGUCCGAGGUUGUGAAACGUGUCUCGAAGAAAAAACUCGAGCCACAUGUACACGCUUUGGUUUUUGAACUUUGCUGCAAUGAUGAUUGUGGCAAUGAUGUCGAAGUCCCAUACGUUCGUUACACUUUACCUUGAUCUUUAAAGUGCGCGCUACUCAUUUAAUUCAAAAAAAAAUUAAUAAUAAUUACUUAACACAAUUCUUCGUAAUCAUUUCAAUCAAAAUUCUAUUUUACAUUAUACAAUGCAGAAAAAAAAUUAUAAAUUAUAUAUCGUAGCAUAUUUUUAUUUUUAAAAAAUCGUUUUUGACAAUAGCUCAAAAAUAAUUUUUCCAUAAAAAAUAUUGAUACGUUUCUCCAUCUCAAUUAUCAGAUUAAAUUAAAAUUCUUAUAUAGGCACACAUAAAUUUCUUUGGAACAUUUCACAUUUUCUUGCUUUUUUUCUUGUCAUUCUGCUUUUCACUGUAUUUAGUGCUCAAUAUUAUUUAAAAAAAAAAAACAAAAAAAAAUUGUUUAAAAAUAAAUUUUGUGUAUAGAAAAUUGUAAUUUCCCGAAACCAUUCUUUUUUUUUUUUUUUUUAAGAAACUUUGUUAUAUUGUGAUUUAAAAACGAAAAAAAAACUUACAAAAACUGCGAGAAAAUUCGAAAAUAAGUUUCUCGGAAAUUUUUCUUUUUUGCCUGAUUUCUGUCUCUAGAGUGAAGUGUAAAUUUAAAAAAAAAGUAAUUGUGAGAGUUAGAUAAAAUAACGGAUAGCACUCAAAAAAAUAAUAUAGACGCAAUUAAUAUCUUUAGCAAUUAUAUUAUUAAAAAUACACAAAUAUCAAUAGAUUGCAACCAGUUGCUUGCUUGAGAGGGGGAGAGAGAAAGAGAGAGAGAAAAAAAAAAUGCCGAACACACCAAAUUUAUAUUCUGCUUUUAAUAUUAAAAAAAAAAAAUUCUUUUUGUUGUGUUAUGUUGAAAAAAAUGUAUUUUUCCUAAUUUGUUUUUUCCCGGAGUUUUGCUGUUUUUUUUUUUUUUUUUGUUAGAGUGUUUCUUCUUCCCUAAUUAUUGUCUCCUUCGUUUUUUUUCUUUUUUUUUUGGGCACUGAAAAAUUAUUAAUGGAAACAAUUGUGUGAUAAUGCAUUUAAAUUUGUAAAAAACAAAAAAAAAAAAAAUAAUAAUACUGAAGAAGCUUUUUUAACGAAAAAUUAAAACGUCAUAGAGAAAAAGAAAAAAAGGGAUAUUUUAUUAAUUGUAAACACUUGUGCGAACAAUUAUUGUACUACUUUUGUCAGUAGUUUUUAAUGAACUAGAUGUGUUUGGAUUUUUGAAAUUUACGAAAUAUAUAUACAAAAUAAUAAAGGCUCUAA